CGCCCCGACGCUCCCGAAAGCUCGCGUUCGCUCCGAGGCGGCGCGCGCUGUUGGUCCUCGCUGCUCCGUUUACCUGAGAGACCCGUGGGCGCCCCGGGCCGGCGCUGCAGCCCCCUUGGAGCCCGGCCCCGAGGUGUGAGUUCGUUGUUGGUGUACGGAAACACAACUGAUUUUUGUAUAUUGUUUUGUAUCCUGCAACUUUACGGAACUCAUCAAAGACUUUAGUAUCAAGACUACAAUAUUUUGAGAGGAAAUUACUGAUACCUCCCAUUAAAAAAAGUACUUUUCAGAUAUUUCAGUCAAAGGAAGAAAUAGCUCUUCUCCUAAGAUGGAAUCUGUUGUUUGGGAAUGUGGUUGAUCAACUUGAUAUGUUGGCCAAAUGUGCCCUAUGUAAUAAAAUGAAAAGAAGAGACAAGAUGAUGUCAUUUUCCCAUAUUGUGAAACCAAAAACAAAUGCCUUUUGUGAGACCAAGCUAACAAACCUCUGACGGUGCAAAGAGUAUUUAACUGUUUGAAGAACUUAACAGUAAGAUAUAGAAGAAAUACUUUCAAGCUGAGACCUGCAGGUGUAUAAAGAUCUAAAAUACAUAUUGAGUAGGCCUGAUCAUCCAAAUCUCAUUCAGAUCCAGGAAGGAUGGCUGUAGGUUGGAUCGUCUUCUACUUUUGGCCCUUGACUAUGUUUGUGGGACAUAUAGGUGGGCACAGUUUGUUUUCUUGUGAACCCAUUACCUUGAGGAUGUGCCAAGAUUUGCCUUAUAAUACUACCUUCAUGCCUAAUCUUCUGAAUCACUAUGACCAACAGACAGCAGCUUUAGCAAUGGAGCCAUUCCACCCAAUGGUGAAUCUGGAUUGUUCUCGGGAUUUUCGGCCAUUUCUUUGUGCACUCUAUGCUCCUAUUUGUAUGGAAUAUGGACGUGUCACACUUCCCUGUCGUAGGCUGUGUCAGCGGGCUUACAGUGAGUGUUCGGAGCUCAUGGAGAUGUUUGGUGUUCCUUGGCCUGAAGAUAUGGAAUGCAGUAGGUUCCCAGAUUGUGAUGAGCCAUAUCCUCGACUUGUGGAUCUGAAUUUAGCUGGUGAUCCUACUGAAGGAGCUCCAGUGGCAGUGCAGAGGGACUAUGGUUUUUGGUGUCCUCGAGAGUUGAAAAUUGACCCUGAUCUUGGUUAUUCUUUUUUACACGUGCGUGAUUGUUCACCUCCUUGUCCAAAUAUGUACUUUAGGAGAGAAGAACUUUCAUUUGCUCGAUACUUCAUAGGAUUGAUUUCAAUCAUUUGCCUCUCUGCCACGUUGUUUACUUUUUUAACUUUUUUAAUUGAUGUCACAAGAUUCCGUUAUCCUGAAAGACCUAUUAUAUUUUAUGCUGUCUGCUACAUGAUGGUAUCAUUAAUUUUCUUCAUUGGGUUUUUGCUUGAAGACCGAGUAGCCUGCAAUGCAUCUAGCCCUGCACAGUAUAAGGCUUCCACAGUGACACAAGGAUCUCAUAAUAAAGCCUGUACCAUGCUUUUUAUGGUACUCUAUUUUUUUACUAUGGCUGGCAGUGUUUGGUGGGUAAUUCUUACCAUCACAUGGUUCUUGGCAGCUGUGCCAAAGUGGGGUAGUGAAGCUAUUGAGAAGAAAGCAUUGCUAUUUCACGCCAGUGCAUGGGGCAUCCCUGGAACUCUAACUAUCGUCCUUUUAGCGAUGAAUAAAAUUGAAGGUGACAAUAUCAGUGGCGUGUGUUUUGUUGGCCUCUACGAUGUUGAUGCCUUGAGAUACUUUGUUCUUGCUCCCCUCUGCCUGUAUGUGGUAGUUGGAGUUUCUCUCCUCUUAGCUGGCAUUAUAUCCCUAAACAGAGUUCGAAUUGAAAUUCCAUUAGAAAAGGAGAACCAAGAUAAGUUGGUGAAGUUUAUGAUCCGGAUUGGUGUUUUCAGCAUUCUUUAUCUCGUACCACUCUUGGUUGUAAUUGGAUGCUACUUUUAUGAACAAGCUUACCGUGGCAUCUGGGAAACAACAUGGAUACAAGAACGCUGCAGAGAAUAUCACAUUCCGUGUCCAUAUCAGGUUACUCAAAUGAGUCGUCCAGACCUGAUUCUCUUUCUGAUGAAAUACCUGAUGGCUCUCAUAGUUGGUAUUCCCUCCAUUUUUUGGGUUGGAAGCAAAAAGACAUGCUUUGAAUGGGCCAGUUUUUUUCAUGGUCAUAGGAAAAAAGAGAUAGUGAAUGAGAGCCGACAGGUACUACAGGAACCUGAUUUUGCUCAGUCUCUUCUGAGGGAUCCAAAUACUCCUAUUAUAAGAAAAUCAAGGGGAACUUCCACUCAAGGAACAUCCACACAUGCUUCUUCAACUCAGCUUGCUAUGGUGGAUGAUCAGAGAAGCAAAGCAGGGAGUGUCCACAGCAAAGUAAGCAGCUACCACGGCAGUCUCCACAGAUCCCGUGAUGGCAGGUACACUCCCUGCAGUUACAGAGGAAUGGAAGAGAGACUACCUCACGGCAGCAUGUCACGACUGACGGAUCACUCGAGGCACAGUAGCUCUCACCGGCUCAAUGAACAGUCCCGACAUAGCAGCAUCAGAGACCUCAGUAAUAAUCCCAUGACUCACAUCACCCACGGUACCAGCAUGAAUCGGGUUAUUGAAGAAGAUGGAACCAGUGCUUAAAUUGUCCGAAGGUGGAAAACUUGCGCUAUUUAAAAAGCAGACUUUAUUCUUUGCCUUUGCUUGACUGAUUGCUGUAACUCACUGUUAUCAUGCUUUCAGUCAGGUGCAGAUUGUGUCCAUUGGAAAAGUAAACUUUUACUUUUUAUAUUGCAUCAAACUUGGAACAUCAAGGCAUCAAAAAUGCUAAUAAUUAUACCAUCACAUAAAUAAUUCUUAUUUCUAGGUUAUGAAGAGAUAAUUAUUUGUCUGGUAAGCAUUUUUAUAAACCCACUUAUUUUAUAUUUAGAAAAACCCUAAAUGUGUGGUGACUGCUUUGUAGUGAACUUUCAUAUGAUAUCAACUAGUUGUGAGAUAACAUUCUGGUAGUUGUAUUAAUAAGACGAAAUUUCAGAAUUAAGGAAAUUUUCUAUGCAAGGCUUAUUUCUCAGAUGAAUAGUUGGACUUUGUAGUUUUCUUUCCACUAAGUGAAGAAGAACUAUGUUUUUAAACUGUCGGAGAAUUUGAUAAAUCAGCAAGGGUAUUUUAGCUAAUAGGAUAUAAGAUCAGCAGAAGAAUCUGAAUAGUCUACUGAAGGCUCUUUAAAAAUUCUAUCAAAAUAAUCUUCAUCCAGAGACAUACAGGAUUAGGAUUUGCAAUGGAAUAAAAGGCGGAGAUGGACAUUUUUUCUCUAUAAUUGUGCUCUUUAUUACUUUUGUAAAUAUUACUUUUACUGGCUAUGUUUUUAUAACUUAACCAUAUGCAUGGUGGAAGAAGUUUAAUUUGUAGUCAUCUUUUCCCAUGUAGUAGUAUUGAUUCACAGAGAACUUCAUGUUCAGAUCUGUUCCAUGGAGGCAUGUAAUAAGAGAAACAUCACACAUUAUAAACUUUUUUGUGGGAAUCACAAUUACAAAAUGGCAAAAUGUUUUCUCUAUAUUCUUUGUUGUAGUUUUCUACAGUGAGAUGUGAUCUUGCCAAAGCCACCAGAUCGUGGUACCCAGGCCCCUCCUAUCAGUGACUUGAUUGUCUGCAUUUGCAUUGCCCAGUAGCCAUUAGGCUACAGCUUUUUGCCCCACGUUCUUGUUUUCAGACUCUGGAUCUUUGUUUUUUACAGUUGAAAUAUAUAUAAACUAAGUCCAAAGUGGUGAUUGAGGUAUUUGAAAAUCAUUGUAACUAAAUGAAGCAUGAUUAGUCUUGCUGUGAAGUAUAAUAUUUAGUCUUACCAAUAUCAAUUCAAAAAUGUUUGACAUUUUGUCGUGUACUGUUUAAACAAUUUACAAUAAAAACUGCAAACUUUAUUAGGCAUGAAAUUGCUUAGAAGGGAAAGAAAAAUUGUGGAAAAUGCUGGAUGUGUUUUAUAGAAAAGCGUAUUUAAAAAGUUGUCCUCAGCCCUGACUAUAGAUAAGAAUCCCUUGCGGAACUUCUGAUGCUCAACACCUUCCUCUCAUUCAGAGGAGAAUUAGUAGGUUUUUUUAAAAAGCUUUCUAGGUGAUUCUGAUCUGCAGCCAGGCUGCAGGCUGUUUCAAACUAACUUGCCGCCUGAUAAUGAGCUGAUGGCAUCAUAUUAUAUCACAUAAAUAUCUAGCUGGACUCAAUGUUGUGCUUUUGUAUCAUCACCUGAUAUACAACUUUUCUUCAUUUUAUUGUCCAUUAUAAAUGUGGAAUUUGGGGCCCCACCCCUAAAGAUUCAUAUUCAGUAAGUAAAGUCCAAUUUUAAAGUCUGUAGUUCUAAAAAUACUACAGGUGAUUCUUAAUGCAGGUAAUCCAAGAAUCACACUUGGGAAAAUAUUCCAGGACUCUAGAGAGGCCUGGCUUUGUCAUACGCCAGUUUUGUCACCUUUAACAAGUAAAUUUCUCUGAGCCUCAGUUCCCUUGUUUAUAAAUGAAGAUAGAAAAUAAGUACCUACCUCACAAAGUUGUCAAAUGGGGAUCACAUGAAAAAUCAUAUGAAAGCUUUUUGAAAACUGUAAAGCAUUAUGAAAUAUAAGGGAUUAAGAUUAUUAAGGAUUUAACGGGGCGCCUGGGUGGCUCAGUCGGUUAAGCGACUGCCUUCGGCUCAGGUCAUGAUCCUGGAGUCCCGGGAUCGAGUCCCGCAUCGGGCUCCCUGCUCAGCAGGGGGUCUGCUUCUCCCUCUGACCCUCCCCCCUCUCAUGCUCUCUCUAUCUCAUUCUCUCUCAAAUGAAUAAAUAAAAUCUUUAAAAAAAAAAAGAUUAUUAAGGAUUUAAGAGAUUUGUUUGAGGGCUACUGUAGUACAUUCCUUGACAUGUGUUUAAUUCAUGUGUACUUUUUUCCUCUCCUUUAAAAUAAAAAAUACCAAGAAAUUAGGUGUUGAAAAAAAAGGCUUUCAUCAAGUACAAAAAUCAGUUUUCUGAUAAUUUGUAUGUCAUAUUUUUUCAAAGUACGUAUGUCUUAUUGUUUAUGAUUAGCUCUUUAUAGAACAUAUUUGAACAUUUAGCCCCAAAGCAUUUUUCUUUUUCCUCUGUCUUCAUCGUCUUUCUCCUUGGAACUGGAGUUAGUACUAGAUAGGCAGACUCUAAUUUCCCUCAUAACUGACAAUUAGUAAACCUUUCCUCUGAAGGCCAAAUUUACAACAACUCAUUUAUGCAGUAACUUAGUAAUUCAUAAGGCUUUUUUUCUGAGAAUCUCCCCUGAGAACAGCAUGAGGACCAAAACAAACAUUCAGAAACAAAAAUAAGUUAAAAUAGAAGGUACCAGUUUGAGCUCAAAGAUGUUGUCAUCCAUCGCCAUCUGCAUUAUAUUAUCAAUUGCCAAAAUGUUAAUUGAUUUUCUUGUACAAGUAGGCCAAGUGUAGACAGUUAUGAAUAUCUUAACUUUGUGCUCCCUGUUUUUUAUAUAUGCAUUUUAUCUUCUUUGUUAAACUCACUGUCAGCAUAUAUGUAAAUGCUAUGUUGACAUUUCAGUUACUUUAAGUAUCUUAAUUUUGCUCCACAAAAUUUAUUUAAUAUCAUCAAUGCAUCGUUUUAGAUACAGUAUUUAGUUUGGGUCAUGUUA